AUGAGCAACAGCAAAUCGUCGAGAAAUGUAUCAAUGAGCGGCGUGUCAACCGAUAAAUUGCUGACUUUUCAAGUCAUACCAGAUGUUGGGUUGAAAAGCGACAAGAUUGAAUUUGUUUUGGGAAUGCCGUUGAAUCAAGUGUUGACGAUGAUACAGAAGAAUGCAAUGUUGUUGAAACAAGUCGAGUUGAGAUAUUCGAGAAGGGUAGGGAUUUGUAGUUAUUUUUUUUUGAGUUUCCAUAGAGACAAGAGAAUCUGUUCUUCAAAUUUUCAGUUUUAGACGAAGUCCAUUUAUUGAUCCUUCUCUAAAUAAGAGUUAUGAAAAGUCCCGUUAAAUUCUGUUGAUGUAAAAAUCAGCUAUGACGUGGCAAAAGUGUUAAUAAUCCUAAAUAUUAUUGUCGAAGUUGAAAAAAGUGGCUGCCAUAAAAAAUAAAAACCAAUGCAGAAUAAAUGAAAAAAACAUUUUUCGUCAGUCGCGUGCGGCUGUGCGUCGCGGUCGGGAAACAAUCGAAAAAGUUCAAAUUUCCUUUGUUUCCGGACCGCGACGCACAGCCGCACGCGACUGACAUUGGUUUUUAUUUUUAUGGCAGCCACGUUUUUCAAUUUCGACAAUAAUAGGAUUAUUAACACUUUGCCACGUCAUAGCUGAUUUUUACAUCAACAGUUUUAGCUUUUAUUUUUCACGUGACAUUUUCAAAAUUCCACGACACUCCACGUUUCCACCCCCGCCUUUCUCUUUCAUUUCCCCAUUUUUCCAUUUCAGGAUCCCGUGCAUCGCGAUGUCUCGGUUUAUUUGGUUUCCGAUGGAAUUCAAUUGAUUUUCGACGGAGUUACCCAACUUGCAAAACUCAUUGAAGUUGACAAUUUAUCAAGAAUCAUUUUGAAAUAUGGAAAUUCGACAUUUUCGGAACCUGGAGCUGAAGCUUCCAUGGAAAAAGUGAAUGAAUGUUUUGGUUCGACACAUCCGGGAGCCUAUGAUGAAAAACAAAAAAUGUAUGUACAAAGUUGGCCGGGAUUGUCAUUUUGUUUUCCGACUGAUUCGAAUGAUAAAAUUGAAGUUACGGUAAGUUGAAGAUUAUUUAUAGUUACAAUAACUCGCUUGUUGUUUAGCCCGGUUUCGGCCCAAAUCUUCGCUCACUGAAAUAUGAUGCAAAUUCACAACCGCGACUAACAAAAAUGUCAAUUUAUCGAGGCACAAAUUUGAGUCAACCCGAAUCGGUCGAUAUUCCAUUUGCCAAUUAUUGUGGGGAGAAUCGGACGCGGCGGGUUGAAGCGAUUUGGGAAAAUGAGAUUUUGAUGGGCUUGGAUAUUUGUUUUGAUACACAGAGUGAGUUUUGGGAACAUUUUUAUGGAGAAAAUCAAAAGCAUGCUGAUUUUUAGCUUUUUUUUCGAAAAAAUUGCAGAACUUAAUAUGAGUUGUGACGUGGCAGGAUUUUAGGAGCUGAAAACUGGGUUCAAAAAUGAUUCUCAUGCAAAUCUGAUAGCACGGGGUUGUUCAGGAGGAUCAAUAACAUGAGUAAACUUCAUAUUUUCAAUCAAUUUUGGAAAAUUAAUUUUGUUAUUUGGAAAAUUCAGACAUUUUUUCACAAAACAAAAUUAAUUUUUCAAAAUUGAUUGACUUAUUUUAUCGAUCCUCCUGAACAACACUACGCUAUCAGAUUUUCAUGAAAAAACAUUUAAAGCUAGUUUUCAGCUUCCGAAAGUCACGACUUUUCGAAAUUUGCCACGUCAUAACUCAUAUUAGGAGUUGAGUUCUGUAAUUUUUUUUCGAAAAAGUUACCUUGUAAGCAGGCAUAAUUUUGAUUUUCUCAUCUUUAUCUUCGCUAAAAUGAUUUCAUAAUCUUUAAAUUGAACUGUAAAUUUUCAUAUCUUGAAAAAUAGUUUAAAAUAAUUCUUCUCCAAAUUAUGCGGCUUUUUGGCCAUCAAAUUUUCGUUCCUCAAUUUUUUUUCCAACAAAACCCCAUAAAAUUUUGAGAAUUUUUAUUUGAAAAAGCUAUAUUUUCCUAGUUUUUCCAAUCUCAAUUUAAUUAAUUUUUUCCUAGAAGUAAAUUUGAAUUCAUAAUCUUUCAAACUUGAAAAAUAAUUUAGAAUAAUUCCUCUUCGAAUUAUGCGGCUUUCCGCCCAUCAAAUUUUCGUUCCUCAAUUUUUUUCCAACAAAACCCAUUAAAUUUUGAGGAUUUUUAUUUGAAAAGCUCCCCAUCUUCUUCGAUUUUCCUCUCAUUCCUUUUGUUUUUUCCAGACGGUGCAAUUAUCGAUGGAGAUUUUGAUGUGUUCACCACCAAAAGAUCAGUAUACUUCGGCGAUUCGGUUUCAACAGUUCAAUCAACCCUCGGUGCCCCAUCAAAAAUCUAUUAUAAAUCGGAUGAUAAGAUGAAGAUUCAUCGAGGCGCGUCGAAAGAAACAUUUGGUGGACAACCGCACUUCUUUUUCAACUAUUUCAGUAUGGGAAUCGUGAGUUUUUGUUUUCUCGUAUUUAAUAAUUGUGUAAAGCAUGGUCUCCUUCUAACCGUUUAUUGGUGGUUUUUGCAUAGUUUUUUCGUUGGUCCUUGGUCCGAAAAAAGAGUUGCGCUCUAA